UUUAUAUAUCCUGGACGGGUUUUAAAGUUGAGAGUUCGUGGAACAAAGAGAGAUUUGAUCGAAGAAACAUCCUCAGAGGAGGUUUGUGUUGUUAUGCCAGGUGUAAUUGCUCGUUUCUAUGGCUCUGAAAUUCAGAGUAUGCUGCAACAAUGGUACCAUGAUUCAAGUUCUCGAUUUUGGGAUAAAAGACCUAGAAAGCAAGAAUCUGAUGAUUUUGGAAAUCCUUAUGGGAGAUUGUCCUUCCAGCUGUGGAACGUCAGCAAAUCUGGCACUUGUGCUGAUGCCGCAAUUAGUGGAAUGAUGCCUCCACCACUGAUGGAGCUUCAGGUACCGCAGUAGGCUGUUUGAUUUUGUUGAUUUGUGAAUGCUCUCUUCAGAGGCAUAUUA